UUGGGGGCUUGUGGUCUGAGAGGCACAUAUCCUUCUAGGUACAUAACCUAACGAUAUCCUGACACGAAUGGCACAUGGUCGAAUCCGGUAAAGGAAUUCUCGAUGUACUUCAGUGGGUACUUUGUUUUUCCAAAUCUUGUAGAUGGAUCCUGGCCUGAACCCGGAAUCAAUUAGUAGGAUGCUACAAUUAAUGCACAUACAUUUUUAUCUAACUGAUAAUGAUCGUGUAGAUCUGCCAAUGUCCUCCAAAGAUCCAAGCAGGGGAUUCUCAAGAAGUACACACACACGAGGAAGACCAGAGAAGGUUAGUUUAGUGCUGAGGAAAGUUCAUCGUCUUACUCGGAAGCAGGGAUUUCUAGUUUGAAGGUCGGAGCAUGGAACUUGUAGGAGGGAGAUUUCUUGUUUGUGAAAUCCACUCUGGUUGAUUAUUUGAAUCCCCUUAGGGGAUUUCAUUUCCCUGUUGAUGAGAUCUAGUCAUUAUGACCAUUGAAAUCCGAUUUCCUCAAUGGGAGAAAACUUGACUUAUUUAUGUUAUUAGAAAAGGGCUAUCUUUCUUUCUUUUUUUUUGCUGGCAGCGUAUCUUGGAUGAAUUUUUUGUUCUUCCUAGCUUCAAAAGGAUGGAGGAGUAUCCAAAUCAUUCUUCUUUUCCUACUUCUUUUCUGAGCGGUCGUAUGAAGCCCAUGCAACUUUUUGGUAGUCCAUUUUCCUCUCCUAGUCCUACAUGGGAUGAUGCUCCUGAAGUUGAUAAGGAGGCUUGAUCAGGAAGCUGUUCCAGUGGCUCCCUUGAGACGCUAUCACCCCCAAGGUUUUGAGGGAGCCGGUCCCUGUUUAGAGAUUGUAGAAGAAUAGGUUUCUGAAAUUCAGGGCAAAUCCUCCUUACCUUUUGAGGUGGAACUCUGGAGUCUAUCUAUGUUUGAGCGGGUUUUUGAUGGAAGAGCAGAUGAAAUUGUUCUAUGAGACUUUCUUUGAGGCAGGUUUCAGAGGGGGAAGUACCAACUUUGGUAGCAGAAGUUUUGUUAUAUAUUGAUAUUUCUCCUUCACAAAUCGAUCCUCUGGCUUGUUGAACUUUAAUUGCGAUCCAGGUGCUAAGAUAGCUUCAUGGCAUAUACUUUGGCGUGCAUGAAAUCAUGUGUGCACAUUAUUUUACUCCUCUAACUAAUUGGAAUGGAUUCUAUCAAAUUCGUUUCCAGGAUGGCCAACUGAUCGAUGAAGAACCGUUGAAGGGUACCAAAUACAGAAUGCCCUUUGGGAAUCGAUGGAAUAGGAGCUAUCUCCCAACCAGUAUCAUUCGAUUGGGAAGCAUCGGUGAAGGACGCAUUGACCAUUGUGAGGAGGUUGAGACAUGUUUCUUUCUUGGUGAGUCGGGAGGUUUUGUUUCACUGUCGUAUUUGGGGAAUAGGGUGGAAGUUCCUGUGGUGGAUGUGUUCGAGGAAUAUCAGAAGAUGAUGGUCUUGAGGAGACGUUCUCAUCCAUGUUAUACCAUUGUGGAUGCUCCUGUCUUUCCAAUUUCUGAUCCGAAGGAAUAAAAUCAUUGGGAGGUUAUGAGAUCCUGCCGCUGUGAGUUAUGAGGUGUUGGUAAAGGUUCUGAGCGGGGUAAGUUGCAGAGCGAAAGCCUCUUUCUUCAGCUGAAGGUUCAAUCUUUGAUUAGGCACCAAAUGUUAACGUUCCAGAGGGUGAGGGUGAUGGCUCUCUGGGAACUUAUACAUGUGUGGCUGGACAAACGAGUUGAGCAUUGGAAGCCCAAGGAAGAAUUUCACCAGUACCAACUGAUUAUGGGGGUUGAUGAUGACUGAGGAGGGCUUUCUCCUAUGUGGAUUCCUGACAGAAGAUCGGUGCCCAUUGAAGACCUGUCUCGCUGAUCACCUUAUCUUGUUAUUCUGUUUUAAUUUCUGGUGUUUGGAUUAUUUUGUCCUCUGAUGACCCUUUUUUUAUUUCUGAGAACCGUCCAUGCUUACACUUUAUGUAUAGAAUUUUACUUUCGUUUA